CCUGCGUGUCAAAGCGAUAAAGUGGAGGCAGCCAAUGAUGGUGGAGAUCAGUGCCUUGGCAAGCGUCUGACAACACAAGAAGGCAGAAGCUGUUGCUGUAGAUUUUUCUGCUUCUUUACUAUAAUUCUAUAAAGAAAGACUUGUGGGUAACGACUGUUUUUGUGCAAAAAAAGAGUUUCACCGGUUUAUUCCUCAUUGGGAAGAGAAUUCUGACAGUGAGAGAGAAAUAGACGAAGAGGGAUGAAUUUGCUUCCGGCAGAGAAUUUACAAAUCGCAAAGAAACAUGGGUUCAGGUCGCUGAAGCUGUUGAACGUGGACCAGGACCGCGCUCUUGAAGAACAACCCGUGGGAGUUGACUACGGCAGGCUUGACAAUGGUCUCUAUUAUUAUGUCCGUUGCAAUUCUAAGCCCAGAAUGAGAGCUGCUCUUGCACUCGCUGUUAAAGCCGGAUCAGUUUUGGAAGAGGAGGAUGAACGUGGAGUUGCUCACAUAGUGGAGCAUCUUGCCUUCAGUGCCACUAAGAAAUACACAAAUCAUGAUAUGAUCAAGUUUCUUGAAAGUAUUGGGGCAGAAUUUGGUGCUUGUCAGAAUGCAGUAACAUCUGCUGAUGACACCGUGUAUGAGUUGUUUGUUCCCAUUGACAAGCCUGAACUGUUAUCUCAAGCCAUUUCGGUCUUGGCAGAAUUCAGUUUGGAGGUUCGGGUCUCAAAAGAUGAUUUGGAAAAAGAAAGAGGAGCUGUCAUGGAAGAGUACAGAGGGAAUAGGAACGCUGCUGGAAGGAUGCAGGAUGCACAUUGGGUUCUGAUGAUGGAAGGCUCACAGUAUGCUGAGCGCUUGCCAAUUGGAUUAGAGAAAGUAAUUCGGACCGUUUCUCAUGAGACUGUGAAGCAGUUUUAUAGGAAGUGGUACCAUAUAUCCAAUAUGGCGGUUGUAGCCGUUGGAGAUUUUUCUGAUACACAGAGCGUAGUUGAGUUGAUAAAGACUCAUUUCGGGCAGAAAAGUUCAGCACCUGAUCCUCCACUUAUACCAACAUUUCCAGUUCCACCUCAUGAGCAUCCACGUUUUUCAUGUUUCGUUGAAUCCGAAGCUGCUGGGUCUGCAGUUAUGAUUAGCUAUAAGAUGCAAGCAGAUCAACUGAAGACGGUGAAGGACUAUAGGGAUUUACUUGCAGAAUCCAUGUUCCUUUAUGCUCUAAACCAGAGGUUCUUUAAGAUCUCUCGUAGAAAGAAUCCACCCUAUUUCUCAUGCUCAGCUGCUGCAGAUGUUCUAGUUCGUCCAUUGAAGGCAUAUAUGAUGACUUCAUCUUGUAAAGAAAAAGGGACCAUUGAGGCCCUAGAGUCAAUGUUGAUUGAGGUUGCAAGGGUACGCCUACAUGGGUUUUCAGAACGCGAAAUAUCUAUUGUCCGAGCUUUACUGAUGUCAGAGAUUGAAUCUGCCUAUUUGGAGCGUGAUCAAAUGCAAUCGACCAGCUUGCGGGAUGAAUAUUUACAACAUUUUCUUCGCAAUGAACCUGUUGUUGGGAUUGAAUAUGAGGCUCAACUCCAGAAAACUCUUUUACCUCAUAUAACGGCAUUAGAGGUAUCCAACUAUUCGGAGAAAUUACGAACAUCGUGCAGCUGUGUCAUAAAGACAAUUGAGCCUCGAGCUUCUGCAACAGUAGAUGAUCUGAAAAAUUUAAUGUUGAAGAUCAAUAUUCUUGAGGAAGAAAGGAACAUUUCUCCUUGGGAUGAUGAACACAUUCCAGAAGAAAUUGUCAGUAUAAAGCCAAAUCUUGGGAAUAUUGUGCAGCAGUUUGAACAUCCAAAUAUUGGAGCUACUGAGUUAAUUCUAUCAAAUGGUAUGCGAGUUUGCUAUAAGUGUACAGACUUUCUCGCUGACCAGGUUAUCUUUACAGGCUUCUCAUAUGGAGGUUUAUCAGAACUCCAAGAGAGCGACUAUUUCUCUUGCUCGAUGGGAACAACCAUUGCCGGAGAAAUUGGUGUAUUUGGUUAUAGACCAUCAAUUUUAAUGGACAUGCUUGCUGGCAAGAGAGCUGAAGUUGGUGUGAAUCUUGGAGCAUACAUGAGAAGUUUCUCUGGUGACUGUUCACCGUCAGACUUGGAAACUGCCUUGCAGCUUGUCUAUCAACUAUUUACAACAAAUGUAGCACCAGGAGGAGAAGAUGUCAAAAUAGUGAUGCAAAUGGCAGAAGAGGCCGUUCGAGCUCAAGAGAGGGAUCCUUACACUGCUUUUGCAAACCGUGUGAAGGAGCUCAACUAUGGAAACUCCUAUUUCUUUAAGCCCAUUAGAAUAAGUGACCUUCGAAAAGUUGAUCCGUUAAAAGCUUGUGAAUAUUUCAACAACUGUUUCAAAGAUCCAUCAACUUUUACUGUUAUGAUUAUUGGCAGUAUUGAUCCUACAAUUGCACUUCCCUUAAUAUUGCAGUAUUUGGGUGGAAUACCAAGGCCUCCUGAACCUAUUAUGCAUUUAAACCGUGAUGACCUCAAAGGCUUGCCAUUCACUUUUCCUUCAACCAUAGUUAGAGAAGUGGUCCGCAGCCCCAUGGUGGAAGCACAAUGUUCGGUCCAGUUAUGCUUUCCCAUUGAGCUGAAAAAUGGAACCAUGGUGGAAGAGAUUCAUUUUGUUGGGUUCCUGAGCAAACUUCUUGAAACAAAAUUAAUGCACGUUCUGCGUUUCAAGCAUGGGCAGAUCUACUCUGUAGUUGUUUCAGUAUUUCUUGGUGGUAAUAAACCUUCGCGAACUGGUAACGUUCGUGGUGAUAUUAGCAUAAAUUUCUCUUGUGAUCCAGCAAUCUCCUCAAAGCUGGCUGAUCUUGCUCUGGAUGAGAUACUCCGUCUUCAAGAGGAAGGUCCUUCAGAUGAAGAUGUUUCUUCCAUCCUUGAAAUUGAGCAAAGAGCCCAGGAAAAUGGACUUCAGGAGAACUACUACUGGCUUGACAGGAUUUUGCGCAGCUACCAGUCAAGGAUCUAUGCUGGUGAUGUCAGCACUUCUUUUGAGAUUAUAGAUGAAGGGCGGUCGAAAGUUAGAUCAACGCUGACACCACUAACAGCACAGUUGGCACUCCAAAGGAUACUGCCACAUCCUUGCACAAGACAGUACACUGUAGUGAUUCUAAUGCCCCAGACAUCUCGCUUUAAGUUACUGAAAUCAUUCUUCCGAUCUUCUCAGAUCGGUUAUCGCAGCGAUGCAAAGAUUUUGGCAGGGAUUGCUGGUUUCACAGUUGUAGCUCUUACUUUGUGGAGAUAUUCACGGAGUACCCUAAAAUCUUAGGGUAUUUUAUUUAGUGGAGUUCCAUAUAUUUUUGGAAGUAUGAAGAUUUCCAACAGAAAUCAGGGUGAUUAUUUCCUCAUUGCAGGCAGAUGUGAGGUAUCACUAGGAGGUCAGAGGAAAAGUAACCCACAAAAUUAUAUAUGGCCUCAAUGAUUGAAACGUUCAUAUAUCCAUUUUUUUUCUGGCCAGCUCUGUUGGAUGCACCAUUUGUUCAGAAGAAUGUGGCACUACACUUGUAUUAUUCAUUGUUGCUGAACAAAUUAUUUAUAGCACUGUGGUCCUUGUGGACAAGAAUAGGUCUCAUGAAACUAGUCUAAAGACUCAAAAACACUACACAUAAUUUGUUCCAAUAGAAUGGAAAAAUGCUUUCACUGCA